ACUUUACCGCGGUCACACUUAUACCAUACAAUUUUGCUUCGUCGUCGAAUUUAAUCCCGUGUUUUUGUGUUGUUAUCCCCCAGCUAACUAAAAACAAAUCGAUAUGGCAGCUUACACCGAGGAUCAGUUGGCUGAGUUCCAGGAGGCCUUCAACCUGUUCGACAAUCGCGGCGACGGCAAGAUUCAGUUGAGCCAAGUGGGCGAGUGCCUGAGGGCCCUGGGCCAGAACCCCACCGAGUCGGACGUGAAGAAGUGCACCCACCAGCUGAAGCCUGACGAGCGCAUCUCGUUCGAGGUGUUCCUGCCCAUUUACCAGGCGAUCUCGAAGGCCCGUUCCGGGGACACCGCCGACGACUUCAUCGAGGGACUGCGUCACUUCGACAAGGACGCCAGCGGCUUCAUCUCCUCCGCCGAGCUGCGUCAUCUGCUGACCACGCUGGGCGAGAAACUGACCGACGAGGAGGUGGAACAGCUGCUGGCCAACGUUGAGGACCAGCAGGGCAACAUCAACUACGAGGAGUUCGUGCGCAUGGUGAUGAGCGGCUAGGACGGGGAGGUAUCUAAGUCUGCCCGAUUCCAGCUCUCCAGCACCACGACAAUAGAUGCAACACUAUCCAACACAACACAAAACACAGCACUAAAACACCUGCCAAGCUAGCUGAGCCGUUCAUUCCGCCAGAAGUUCCAACUCCGUGAUUCCAACUUAGCCAUUCUUCCCCCGGAUCCAUCCUGUUCUGCCGCGAACAAACCAAGGACAACGACCAAGGAUAUCGAGAUAUAGACAUACAGGGGAAAGUGCCUAAAAGGCCGCUGAAAAUAGAAAACUGAAAACCUAGAGAUCGGAGCUUUUCCCACUUCCAAAACUAACCAUCGAUGUAGACAUAGAUUCAUGAAUUAUUAUAACUAAUCACUGCGUCUGUGAAUGUGCGUAUUAUUCUAAAAAGAAGCGAAGUUAAUCAGUAAUUAUCACCUCGUUCAGGCGUUCUUUUGUACCAAUCACACUCGAUACAUAUAUUAUAUUUCAAUGGGAAACACCGAGAGUAUCACGAAAAGUAUUUCUAAAUUAAAUUUGAUAUGCGUCGGUGGCGUAUGUCCGAAUUUAAAUGCGCA